AGGGUUUAAGCAAUAACCCUUACAUUUCUCUCUCUCUCUCAAACACACAGAGAGGGACACCACGAUGUCACUCUUCCGCCUCGUCCUCCUCCGCUCUCUCCGACGCUCCUCGGCCACCUCUUCGCCAAACCCACAUACGCUAACCCUAACCCCACUUCUCAAUCACCUCCAAAACCCCAACACUGAAUACCAAAAAACAUCGACGCGCGGCUUCGCGUUCUCGUCGGCAGAGGAAGCCGCAGCGGAGAGGCGGCGCAGGAAGCGCCGGCUGCGCAUCGAGCCUCCGCUGCACGCGCUCCGGCGGGAUCAGGGCCCGCCGCAGCGUGACCCUAACGCGCCGCGGCUUCCGGACUCGACGUCGGCGCUAGUGGGGCCGCGGCUGAACCUCCACAACCGCGUGCAGUCGCUGAUCAGAGCUGGCGACCUGGACGCCGCCUCCUCCGUGGCGCGCCACUCCGUGUUCUCCAACACCCGACCCACGGUCUUCACCUGCAAUGCCAUCAUCGCCGCCAUGUACCGCGCCAAGAGGUACAAUGAUGCUGUUGCUCUAUUCCAAUACUUCUUCAACCAAUACAAUAUUAUUCCGAAUGUUGUGUCUUACAAUAAUUUGAUUAAUACCCAUUGUGACGAGGGGAGGGUUGAGGAGGCGUUGGAAGUUUAUCGCUGUAUUAUUGAGAACGCGCCAUUUAGUCCGUCAUCGGUCACAUACCGGCAUUUGACGAAAGGGUUGAUUGAUGCAGGACGAAUUGAGGAGGCAGUGGAUCUUUUGAGGGAAAUGUUGAAUAAGGGACAGGGUGCAGACUCGUUGGUUUAUAACAAUUUGAUUAAGGGGUUUCUAGAGUUGGGGAAUCUGGAUAAGGCGAAUGAGCUUUUUGAUGAGCUUAAGGAGAGGUGUCAGGUUUAUGAUGGGGUUGUGAAUGCAACAUUUAUGGAUUGGUUUUUUAAUCAGGGGAAAAAGAAGGAGGCGAUGGAAUCGUAUAAAUCCUGGCUGGAUCGCCAGUUUAAGAUAGUGCCUGCGACUUGUAAUGUUCUUUUGGAGGUGUUGCUUAAGCACGGGAAGAAAAAUGAGGCUUGGGCAUUGUUUGAUUUGAUGUUGGAUAAUCACACCCCACCAAAUUCCCAAGGAGUGAAUUCGGACACUUUUAACAUAAUGGUUAACGAGUGUUUUAAGCUUGGCAAGAUUGAGGAGGCAAUUGCCACAUUUAAGAAGGUGGGAACGAAGCCAAAUUCAAGGGGUUUCCAAAUGGAUGUCGCUGGGUAUAAUAAUAUCAUUUCUCGAUUUUGUGAGAAGGGGAUGCUAUCAGAGGCGGAGAUGAUGUUUGCAGAAUUGACAGCAAAGUCAUUGUCCCCAGAUGUCACAAGUCAUAGGACUUUGAUUGAUGAAUUUUUGAAAGCGGACAGGAUUGAUGAUGCUUUAAAGGUGUUCAAUAGAAUGGUAGAUGCUGGCUUGAGGGUAGUUGCUAAUUUUGGCAACAAGGUAUUCGAUGAAUUGAUCAGGAAUGGCAAGGUAGAGGAUUGCGCACAGCUUUUGUCUAAAAUGGGAGAAAAAGAUCCUAAACCAGAUCCUACUUGCUAUGAGGUUGUGAUCAAGGGACUUUGCAAUGAAGGUAUAUUGGACAAGAGCCGGGAUUUACUGCAGGAGAUGAUGAGGUAUGGUGUUGGACUUACUCCUGCAUUGCAGGAAUCUGUAAGAGAGGCGUUUGGGAAAGCUGGGUGUGGCGAAGAGAUUGACAGACUGUUACGUAUGAAUUGGUGGGGAUCUACACAUGUGCAAUCAAGAACACCUCCUCAAACAGGACCGUCUCAUCCACCUUCAGGACACCCUCAAAUGGCAAGGCCUCAUUACCCACCAUCUGGACCCCCUCAAAUGUCCGUACCACAGUACCCGCCAUCCGGAUCCCCUCAAAUGACAUGGCAGCACCACUCUCCAUCAGGACCCACCCAAAUGCAGCAGCACUCUCCAUCUGGACCUCGUAAUAUGGCCGGACCACACCAUCCACCAACAGGAACCCCUUCAAUGACAGAGCCACAUCAUCCACCAUCUGGACUGACUCAAAAGGAAGGGCUAUCAGGACCCAUGCAAAUGGCAUGGCAGCAGCACUCCCCAUCUGGACCUCCUCAUAUGGCUAGACUCCAGCACCAACCAUCAGGAACCACUCUGAUGACACAACCAAAUUAUCCACCAUCUGGAGUGACUCAAACGGAAGGGCUACAGCAUCUGCAGCCAGAACCUCUUCAAACGAAUGGACCCUAUCAAUCGUCAUCGGAAAUUCCUCAAACGGCAGAACAGGUAGCAGCAGCUUAGUUUGAGACUCUGAUAUUAGGAUCUCGUGCGGGAACCAGUUUUUGCUAACAGUAUCAGGAAGUUGUGAAAUUAUGAAUGCUUUAUGCCUGUGUAUUUUGAUCAAUCGCAGUGUAGUUGUGGACAUUUGCUUUGAUGUUUGCUCUUCCCAUGCAGAACAUGCUAAAAGUUAAUGUUUGCUUCGAGAAGCUUUCUAGUUUUCCAACAUCAACCAGGACUUUCACACUUUGAUUCAUCACAACUCAAUCCAAAUUAUCAACUCAUUCACUUGGUGCCGAGCAAUGCAAGGCAUGCAACAAGAGCAGAGAAGACUGUGUAAUAGAGAUCAUUGCUAUAUUUAUACUCAAAUUCGUUCGGCUAGAUUUUGAGGCUUUUCUGAUAUAAUUUUUUAGUUUUGCUAGCCUUUUGCCUUCUCUAGGCUCUUGUUUGUAUUGGCUUACCCAACUGGCUUUUAAGCCUCUUGUUUUUUGGGGUUGCUUGCUUUUGUUGAGUUUUUUCAAUAAAGUUAUU